CAGCAACCAUGAAUGGCCCUGGCCUAAAACAAAGAUCUGGCUUUCAACACCCUCAGAAGAGCAGCUGAAGCAGUUCUAGUGGAUGAGACAUCCUCUCUGGAGCCCCCCUUUACCCCCAACGCAAUGGGAAAUGUUCAGAAGUGGUCAAAGAGCCUGGCCUGCUCUGGCGUCUCAGGGUUGGGCAUUUUGGUGUCAUUGCUGAUUGGUGGAGAGAAGGGGUGUGGACAGAGGUAGGGGAGCAGGAAGGCUGCCAGUGGCAGAGGGUGGAGAGGUCACCGAAGGUAACUGACAGAGAAAAAGUCACGGUGGUGUGGGCCUGCACCUUGGUAGCCCCAGCCCCUCUCACAGUUGCCCAGGCCUCGGGUCUGUGACAAAUGCACAAGUAAGGUGCCCAGCCGCAGGGUGAGGGUUUGCUCUGCCUAGGUUUCUUGUGCUCCUGGCCCAUUCUGCUGAGGUCUAGCCCUUUCCCUGGGGUCCAUUCAGUCCCUACCCUGUGGUCUGGGGUCUGCAGGCAGCAGAAAUGAGCCAUCCACCCGAGGUAGUUCCAGAAGUCCUUGGGUUGAGGUCCAUGGCACCGGGGACGCAGCACCUAUGAUGUGUCCCUUGCCCCUUCAGCCUUCUCCAGUCCAGUCCCUGCCCUACCUCUCUGCCCCUGGGAAAGAAAGCUGCCUUCUGGGCUCAGCUGGUUUGGGGGUGGAGCUGCAGAUGCGGGAGGGAGGACUGGGUAGGAGGAGGAGCUCCAGGCCACCACCCACUCUGUGCCCUGGGAGGGGCAUAGCGGUUAGAGCCAACUGGGGCUAGGCUAGGACCUACUCAACUGUGUCCCUGGGGUAGAGACCAGUAGGGCCGGGUGGGAAGUCCAGGACACAGGGAAGGGGGACAGGGCAAAGGUAUGACUGAGUCCUCCAUAAUCCACAUUGUUCCCUGGGCCUGAAGUGUUGCAUCCAGGUGAGGAAGCUCUGAGUGCCUUGAAUGAAGGGCCCCUAUUAGCAUCAGGGAUCAGAACCUGUCCCUAGAUAGGCCUGCCCUGACUCCCCAAGUCCAGAUCUCAUGCCAGUAAAACGAGUCCCUGGUCUCCAAGCCCCACCCAGAGCAGGGUGACCACGCCCCUCUGCACUCCAGGCCCCGCCCCCAGUGCUGGGCCAGGUCCCUCACAGCUUCUCUUGCAGGGCCCUGGGUGCCCCGGGGGGGCCCCCCCACAUCCCUGCGGUCUGCCGGGAGGAAGCGGCCCCCCUCCCCCACCGUGACUCUGCGCUUCCUGCCCCUGCCGGGGCGGGAGGGGACAUUUCCCGUUCACACCAAAGUUUCCCUGGCGGCGCCCAGACUCGGGCUCAGCCGCUGCCCCUCUUGCCCAUGGAGCCGGCUUUGGGGCCUGGGGUCCAGAAGGACCUGGGCUACCUGCAGCAGUGGCUGAAGGCCUUCGUGGGUGCCUUCGAGAAAAGCAUCUCGCUGUUCUCUCUGGAGCCACGCAGGCCAGAGGAGGCAGGCACAGAGGUGCCGCUGUUGCCGCUGGACGCGCUGCACGUGCUGGCCGAGCAGCUAGACAAGGGGGACCUGGAGCAGGCCCUGCUGCUGCUCAAGCUUUUCAUCAUUCUCUGCAGGAACCUGGAGAACGUAGAGGCGGGCUGGGGCCAAGUGCUGGUGCCCCGGGUGCUGGCAUUGCUGACCUGGUUGACGGCAGAGCUGAAAGGAGCCCAUGCAUCGCAGGAGGGCCAUGGGCCGCAGCUGGAGAACGUGGCCCUGCAUGCCCUCCUCCUCUGCGAGGGCCUCUUUGACCCUUACCAGACCUGGCGGCGCCAGCAUAGUGGGGAAGUCAUCACUUCCAAGGAGAAGAGCAAAUACAAGUUCCCUCCAGCUGCUUUGCCCAGUGAAUUCAGCGCCUUCUUCAGAGAGAGCCUGCAGGAUGCAGAUGGCUUGCCUCCCGUGCUGCUUUUGCGUCUCGUCCACCUCUUUGGUGCUGUCCUUGCAGGAGGGAAGGAGAACGGGCAGAUGGCUGUGAGCGCCGGCUCUGUGCAGGGCCUGUUGGGUGUGGUACGGGGCUGGGACCAUGGGCCAGCCCAGGACCCCCGCCUAGUGCCCCUGGCACUGGAGGCACUAGUGGGUGCAGUACAUGUCCUGCAUGCCAGCCGCACACCCCCUCGUGGGCCAGAGCUCCGAACCCUGCUUGAGGGCUACUUCCGCAUCCUUAAUGCCGACUGGCCGGCGGGCCCAAGCCCAGGCCCUGAAGAGGCCCUCGUCACCCUACGGGUCAGCAUGCUCGAUGCCAUCCCCAUGAUGCUGGCAUGUGAGGACCGGCCGGUGCUGCAGACCACCUUCCUCAGCAACAAUUGCUUUGAGCACCUUACUCGCCUCAUCCAGAAUAGCAAGCUGUACCUGCAGGCCCGGGCGCCCCCUGAGGGGGACAGUGACCUGGCUACCCGGUUACUGACCGAGCCCGAUGUCCAGAAGGUACUGGACCAGGACACAGAUGCCAUCGCGGUGCACGUAGUCAGAGUACUUACCUGCAUCAUGAGCGGCUCCCCCUCAGCCAAGGAGGUGUUUAAAGAGCGCAUUGGCUACCCUCACCUGCACGAGGUUUUGCAGAGCCAAGGUCCCCCCACCCAUCGGCUGCUGCAGGAGCUACUCAACAUGGCUGUGGAGGGGGACCACAGCGUAUGUCCACCACCACCGAUCCUGAACGAGCAGCCCGUGCUGAUGCUGAUGCAGUGGCUGCCGGCCCUGCCCACGGCGGAGCUGCGGCUCUUCCUCGCACAACGCCUUUGGUGGCUCUGCGACAGCUGCUCCGCCAGCCGCUCCACGUGUGUGCAGGCGGGUCUGGUGGGCUACCUGCUGGAGACGCUCAGCACGGGGGUCGCCCUGGGGGUCCGCUGCCAGGAGCAGCUGUUGGCGCUGCUGCAGGCAUUGGGCCGUGUGUCUCUGCGGCCCUUGGAGCUUCGUUGCCUGCUGCGCCCCCCGCCAGGGCUGGACUCGGGGCCGGGCAGAGCCGAGGCUGGGAAUGCCCGACACGCCGGUGCCAUCAUUCGUGCGUUGUCGGGCAUGGCCCGGCACCGGGGCCCUGCACGAGCCCUGCACUACUUUGACCUCACGCCCAGCAUGGCCGGUAUUAUGGUACCCCCCGUGCAGCGAUGGCCAGGACCCGGCUUCACCUUCCAUGCCUGGCUCUGUCUGCACCCCACGGCUGCAGCACCUGCCCCGGCCCCGGCCCCCUCACGGCCCCUCCAGCGGAAGCAGCUGUACAGCUUCUUCACCAGCAGCGGCUCAGGGUUUGAGGCCUUCUUCACGGCAGCUGGGACACUGGUGGUGGCCGUGUGCACCCGGAAGGAGUACUUGACCAUGAGCUUGCCUGAAGUGUCCUUUGCCGACUCUGCCUGGCACUGCGUGGCCAUUGUCCAUAUGCCUGGGCGCCGGCCCUUCAGCCAGAACCUGGUCCAUGUCUACAAAGACGGCCAUCUGGUCAAGACAGCACCCCUCCGCUGCCCCUCUCUCAGUGAGCCUUUCUCCUCCUGCUGUAUCGGCUCCGCUGGGCACCGCACAACGACCACCACCACGGGGCUGCCUCCGCCACCAGUCCCCGCUGCCCUGGCUCACACUCACCCCUCCCUGUCCCGCUCCCAGUCGGUCCCGGCUACCGCAGGGCUUGGCUGGGGGUCGGGGCUGGUGGCCCCCCUGCAGGAGGGCAGCAUCAGCUCCACCCUUGCAGGCACACAGGACACUCGGUGGGGCAGCCCCACGUCUCUGGAGGGUGAGCUGGGAGCCGUGGUCAUCUUCCACGAAGCCCUGCAGGCAGCGGCCCUGCGGGCCCUGAGCACCUUGGGGCCCAAUGAGAUGGCACCCUUCAAGCCCGAGGGGGAACUACACGAGCUCAGCACCAAGCUGCUCCUCCAUUACUCACCUCAGGCCUGUAAGAACAACAUCUGCCUGGACCUGUCUCCUGGCCACAGGCUGGAUGGCCGCCUGACAGGCCACAGGGUGGAGACCUGGGACGUGAAGGACGUGGUGACUUGCGUGGGAGGCAUGGCUGCCUUGCUGCCCCUGCUGGAGCGAGUGGCCUCACAGCCCCAAGAGGCCGAGGCGGGUCCAGCUGAGACACAUGACCUCGUGGGGCCCGAACUGACCUCUGGCCACAACACCCAGGGCCUGCUUCUCCCACUGGGCAAGUCCUCCGAAGAGCGCAUGGAGAGGAAUGCAGUGGCCGCCUUUCUGCUGAUGCUGCGGAACUUCCUGCAGGGCCACACGGUGAACCAGGAGAGCCUGGUGCAGUGCCAGGGGCCUGCCAUCAUCGGGGCCCUGCUGCGCAAGGUCCCCAGCUGGGCCAUGGACAUGAAUGUGCUCAUGUCUGCCCAGCUGCUGAUGGAGCAGGUGGCAGCGGAGGGCAGUGGGCCCCUCCUGUACUUGCUCUACCAGCAUUUGCUCUUCAAUUUCCACCUGUGGAGCCCCAGUGACUUUGCUGUGCGCCUGGGCCACAUCCAGUACAUGUCUAGCAUCGUCCGGGAGCACAGACAGAAGCUGCGGAAGAAGUAUGGGGUUCAGUUCAUCCUGGAUGCGCUGCGCACCCAUUACAGCCCACAGCGGGAGCACCCCCUAGCGGCUGACGACGUGCGCACAGUGCAGACCUCACUCCUCGGCCUGGUGCGGGAGUUCCUGGUCCGGAGCUCCGCCACUGAUCACUUGCAGGUCACGCUGAGCUUUCUGGCGGCUACAGGCGAUGAUGGCCAGGUGGCGGGUGCUCUGGACCUGCUGCUGGCACUGCUGCAGGGCUCACCAGCACAGGAGGCUCUGGCUAUCUUCCUGUUGGAGCAGGGGAACCUUGAGGUUUUGCUGGCACUGCUGGUGCAGCCAAGGUCACUGCCCCUGCUGCCCGACCGAGUCUGCAAGAUCCUGCGCAGAUUGCAGCAGAAUGAGCGCUUACCUGAACGGAGUCGCCAGCGGCUCCGGCUGCGAGAAUAUGGUCUCCAGGGUCUCAUCGCCUGCCUGCCGGAGGGGGCUGCUUCGCCCCAGCUCUGCCAGGGCCUCUACAAGCUAUUCCUGGGGGCAGACUGCCUGAACCUCUCAGAUCUGUUGGCUGUGGUGCAGCUGUCCCUCCAGGCUGACCUCGGCGUCCGCCUGGACGUUUGUCGCCAGCUUUUCCACCUCAUCCACGGACAGCCAGAUGUAGUGCAGCUGCUGGCCCGGCAGGCCGGCUGGCAGGACGUGCUGACCCGGCUGUACGUCCUGGAGGCUGCCACAGCUGGGGGUCCCCUGCCCUUUCCCCCAGAGACACCCACAUCCCCAGAGCCAGCCUUAUGCAAGCCACCCACCGAAUCACCUGAGUCUUCGGAUGUCUUCCUGCCCUCGGAAACCCCCAGCCCCGACCCUGACAGCUUUUACCACGCUCUCUCUCCAUUUUGUACACCCUUUGACCUGGGCCUGGAACGGGCCAGCGUGGGUUCGUGCAACAAUGCGGGCAGUGGCAGUGGCAGUGGGACUCUUACUCCAGCCAGCCAGCCUGGCACACCUUCCCCACUGGAUGGGCCCCGGCCCUUCCCUGUGGCCCAUGGCCGCCAUAGCUCUAGUCUCUCCAACGUGCUAGAGGACGGCAGCCUCCCGGAGCCCGCCACCAGUGGGGAUGAUACCUCAAAUACCAGCAACCCACAGCAAACCCCUGAGGAGGAGUUGUGCAACCUGCUCACCAACGUGCUGUUCUCAGUGGCGUGGCGGGGCGUGGAAGGCAGCGAUGAGGCCGCCUGGCGGGAGCGUGGCCAGGUCUUCUCGGUGCUCACCCAGCUGGGCGCCUCAGCCACGCUGGUGCGCCCGCCAGACUGCAUCAAGCGCAGCCUCCUGGAGAUGAUGCUGGAGUCAGCCCUGACCGACAUCAAAGAGGCCCCUGCUGGGGUCCUGGCCAGCCUCACCCAGCAGGCGCUUUGGCUGCUGCGCCUGCUGCAGGACUUCCUGUGCGCCGAGGGUCACGGUAAUCAGGAGCUGUGGAGUGAGAAGCUCUUUGAAGGCGUGUGCAGCCUGCUGGAUCGCAUGGGAGCCUGGCCACACCUGGCCAAUGGCACAGCAGAUCUGCGAGAGAUGGCACAGAUUGGCCUGCGCCUGGUGCUUGGCUACAUCCUGCUGGAGGACCCGCAGCUGCACGCCCAGGCCUAUGUGAAGCUGCACUCGCUCCUGCAGACAGCGGUGCCCAUGCGGCGCGAGGAGGCCUGCUACGUGCUCUCCAAGCUGGAGUCGGCGCUGGCGAGGGCGCUCAACACCCCCACCCCAGAAACGCCCACCCAGGAAAGGGAGCCCUCAGCUGCAGCUGCAGCUGCCGCAGCCACGGAACGCUGCUCGUGGCUGGUGCCACUGGUGCGCACGCUGCUGGACCGUGCCUACGGGCCGCUGGGGCUCCAGUGGGGGCUGCCUUCCCUGCCACCCACCAACGGCAGCCCCACCUUCUUCGAGGACUUUCAGGCCUUUUGUGCCACACCUGAAUGGCGCCACUUCAUCGACAAGCAGGUGCAGCCCACCAUGUCGCAGUUCGAAAUGGACACCUACGCCAAGAGCCACGACCUCAUGUCGGGCUUCUGGAAUGCCUGCUACGACACGCUCAUGAGUAGUGGACAGCGGCGCCAGAGGGAGCGGGCACACAGUCGUCGGGCUUUCCAGGAGCUGGUGCUGGAACCAGCACAGAGACGGGCACGCCUGGAAGGGCUGCGUUACGCGGCGGCACUGAAGCAGCAGGCAGCGCAGCACUCCACGGCUCUGCUCCACUGGGGGGCGCUGUGGCGUCAGCUCUCCAGCCCCUGUGGGGCCUGGGCCCUUAGAGACCCACCGCUUCCCCGCUGGAAGUUGUCCAGUGCCGAGACAUACUCGCGCAUGCGUCUGAAGCUAGUGCCCAACCAUCACUUCAACCCUCAUUUGGAAGCUAGCGCCCUGCGGGACAACCUGGGUGAGGCCCCCCUGACACCUACCGAGGAGGCCUCGCUACCUCUAGCAGUCACCAAGGAGGCCAAAGUCAGCACGCUGCCAGAGGAGCUUCCGGAAGACCAGCUCGGCGAAGAUGAGCUGGCCGCGCUGGAGACUGCGAUGCAGGCAGCAGAACUGGACGAGCAGCAUGAGAAGCUGGUGCUAUCAGCGGAGUGCCAGCUGGUCACAGUGGUGGCUGUAAUCCCAGGGCUGCUGGAGAUCACCACGCAGCACGUGUACUUCUACGAUGGCAGCACAGAGCGUGUGGAAACUGAGGAGGGCAUCGGCCACGACUUCCGGCGCCCACUCGCCCAGCUGCGUGAAGUCCACCUGCGGCGUUUCAACCUGCGCCGCUCAGCCCUUGAGCUCUUCUUCAUCGAUCAGGCCAACUACUUCCUCAACUUCCCGUGCAAGGUGGGCGGGACCACAGCCUCGUCUCCUUGGCAGGCCCCUAGGCCCCAACCCUGCCUCAUCCCACCCCACACCCAGGUACGGAACCAGGUGUACUCGUGGCUCCUGCGCCUGCGCCCCCCAGCCCAAGGCUACCUAAGCAGCCGCUCCCCCCAGGAGAUGCUGCGUGCCUCUGGCCUCACCCAGAAAUGGGUACAGCGUGAGAUAUCCAACUUUGAAUACUUGAUGCAACUCAACACCAUUGCAGGGCGGACCUACAACGACCUGUCUCAGUACCCUGUGUUCCCCUGGGUCCUGCAGGACUACGUGUCCCCAACUUUGGACCUCAGCAACCCGGCCGUCUUCCGGGACCUGUCCAAGCCCAUCGGUGUGGUGAACCCCAAGCAUGCCCAGCUCGUGAGGGAGAAGUACGAGAGCUUCGAGGACCCUGCAGGCACCAUCGACAAGUUCCACUAUGGCACCCACUAUUCCAAUGCGGCGGGCGUGAUGCACUACCUCAUCCGCGUGGAACCCUUCACCUCCCUGCACGUCCAGCUGCAGAGUGGCCGCUUUGACUGCUCCGACCGGCAGUUCCACUCAGUGGCGGCAGCCUGGCAGGCCCGCCUGGAGAGCCCCGCCGACGUGAAGGAGCUCAUCCCAGAGUUCUUCUACUUCCCCGACUUCCUGGAGAACCAGAACGGCUUCGACCUGGGCUGCCUCCAGCUGACCAACGAGAAGGUGGGCGAUGUGGUGCUGCCGCCAUGGGCCAGCUCUCCUGAGGACUUCAUCCAGCAGCACCGCCAGGCUCUGGAGUCGGAGUAUGUGUCUGCCCACCUGCACGAGUGGAUUGACCUCAUCUUUGGCUACAAGCAGCGGGGACCGGCCGCAGAGGAGGCCCUCAAUGUCUUCUAUUACUGCACCUAUGAGGGGGCUGUGGACCUGGACCACGUGGCGGAUGAGCGGGAACGGAAGGCUCUGGAGGGCAUUAUCAGUAAUUUUGGGCAGACUCCCUGUCAGCUGCUAAAGGAGCCACAUCCAGCUCGGCUAUCAGCCGAGGAAGCAGCCCAACGCCUUGCACGUCUGGACACUAACUCACCUAGUAUAUUCCAGCACCUGGACCAGCUCAAGGCCUUCUUUGCGGAGGUCAUCAGUGAUGGCGUGCCCCUGGUACUGGCCCUGGUUCCCCACCGGCAGUCCCACUCCUUCAUCAUCCAGGGCUCCUCAGACCUGUUGGUGACCGUGAGUGCCAGUGGGCUGCUGGGCACCCACAGCUGGUUGCCCUACGACCGUAACAUAAACAACUACUUCAGCUUCAGCAAAGACCCCACCAUAGGCAACCCCAAGAUGCAGCGACUGCUGAGUGGCCCGUGGGUGCCAGGCAGUGGUGUGAGUGGGCAAGCCCUGGCAGUGACUCCCGACGGAAAGCUGCUGUUCAGUGGUGGCCACUGGGAUGGCAGUCUGCGAGUGACCUCACUAUCCCGGGGCAAGCUGUUGAAGCAACUCAACCGCCACCUUGAUGUAGUGACCUGCCUUGCAUUGGACACCUGUGGCAUCUACCUCAUCUCAGGCUCCCGGGACACCACGUGCAUGGUGUGGCGGCUCCUGCAGGAGGGUGGUCUCUCGGUGGGACUGGCAUCAAAGCCCGUGCAGGUCCUCUACGGGCAUGAGGCUGCAGUGAGCUGUGUGGCCAUCAGCACUGAACUCGACAUGGCUGUGUCUGGAUCUGAGGAUGGAACUGUGAUCAUCCACACUGUACGCCGUGGCCAAUUUGUGGCAGCACUACAGCCCCCAGGGGCCACGUUACCCGGACCUGUGUCCCACCUGGUGCUGGGGUCAGAGGGCCAGAUUGUGGUACAGAGCUCGGCGUGGGAACGUGUUGGGGCUCAGGUCACCUACUCCUUGCACCUGUACUCAGUGAAUGGGAAGUUGCGGGUUUCGCUGCCCCUGGUAGAGCAGCCCACAGCCCUGGCAGUGACAGAGGACUUUGUUCUGCUGGGCACAGCACAGUGUGCCCUGCACAUCCUCCACCUGAACAAACUGCUCCCAGCUGCGCCUCCUCUACCCAUGAAGGUGCCCAUCCGAAGUGUGGCUGUGACCAAGGAGCGCAGCCAUGUGCUCGUGGGCCUGGAGGACGGCAAGCUUAUCGUGGUGGGCGCGGGGCAGCCCUCUGAGGCGCGCAGCAGCCAGUUCGCGCGGAAGCUGUGGCGGUCCUCCAGGCGCAUCUCCCAGGUGUCCUCAGGGGAGACAGAGUACAACCCUGGAGACGCGCGCUGACAGCCGUCACGCAGGCUCCUCCCCCGGCGGGCCCCGCCCCUGGAGGCCCCGCCCAGGAGUCGGCGGGAACCCGGAGGAGGAGGAGACCAAGAGGCCGCGGCCGGGGGUCGGCCCGGCUCCGGGGGUGGGCGGGACCCCACCCCCGCCCAGCUCAGGGAUUGGUGGGCGAUUCACUCCAGGAAGUCCCGCCCCUCGCCGGCAGAGGGGCCGUCCGGAGUCUGGCACUGGCCUCAGCGGCAACACAGCACUUUUUUGCACAGUGUGGGGCGGGAGCCCAGGCUCUCCAGCCCCGCGUCCCGGCAGAGCACGGGGACCGGACUGUGGCCUUAAUCUCUAAAGGCGGCCCCUCGCUCUCCCGGUCUCGGCAAUAAACCUGGCCUGGUUUUGUA